AUGGGUAUAGCUGAGGAAAUUAAUCCAAGUUCUGAAGAAACAGAAAGAAUUUAUUACAUGUCUCACCAGCCAGUUAUUCGACUUUACAAACCCAUGAGAGUUGUAUUUAAUGCAUCCAGCCAUUGGAAAAACGAAUAUUCUUUAAACGAUUGUCUCUAUUCCGGUCCUAAUUUAAAUCCACCAUUGUUAGAGAUAUUAAUACAAUUUCGUACACAUAGCAUAGCAUUUACUGCCGACAUUGAACAAGCCUUUCUUCAGAUUUCUCUGUCACCUGAAGAUAGGGAUGCUGUAAGAUUUUUGUGGGCAAAUAACCUUGAUAAUAAAAUGAGAUAA